AUGCUUGGAUGGCAGUCAUUUUUUUCCGCAUUAUUCGCAUCCAUAUCAUUUAUACGCACACAAAAAUUGCUUGUCAUUAUUGUUGAAGGAUUACCUGGUAACCGUUUCCAUGAACUAAGUAAUUUACCCGGAUUUAGAAAUUUUCAUGAAAAUGGCGUUUGGUCUACACUGCUUUAUCCCCAAUUUCCAACUCUGCCUUUACCAAAUCGCCAAACAAUAAUGACAGGACUUUUAUCAAAAAACCAUGGUUUUGUUGGUGAUUAUUUGUAUAAUUGGCGCACGCAACAAAUUUUUUACAAUUUUGAAUCGACGAAUGAUUUAUCAAAAGAUUUGUGGUGGAAGAAUGAACCAAUAUUCAUAACAUCGCAAAAAGCUGGAGCUCCUACUGCACUCUUCUUUUUUCCUGAAUGCGAGGUGCUUUGGCGACCUCGGGUUUCAAUUUGUGAAUCGCCUCAUCCCGACCGUUCAUCGUUGGACGAUAUGAGAAAUAUCUAUCAAAUAAUCGAAGCCACUCAAACGAAUGAUCUUGUAAUGGUAAAUCACGUAAAAAUACGCGAAAUAAUUGAAAAACAAGGAAUGGCCAAUUUUCGAACGAAAGUUUUUCCAGAGAUUACUGCAUUUUUAAAAGGACUGGAAAGAUUAGAAUCUGAAAUCCGUCAAAGGAUUGACUUAAAUAUGAUUGUUAUAUCACCACAUGGAUAUAUCGAUGUGACUGAACUAAAUAAACACGUCAUUGAUAAUUAUAUAUCAAUGGAUAAAAUUAAUAUAACGAUUGGUGCUGGAGCCGUUAAACAAAUUAUUACCAAUUCAGGUUUCACGCAAGAGAUUUACAAUCAAUUGCGUUUUGUUUCUCCUAUUCCUAACGCUAAAAUCUACUAUACAAUUCCACAAAUAAGUGAUAUUCCAUCUUGGUUUGUUUAUGAGAAAAGCGACCAUAUACCAGAUCUCGUGCUAAUUGCUACUCCUGGAAGUGCCAUUUAUUCCGAGAAUGAAGAUAAACAAAUACCAUUUCCAUCACGAAUUCGUCCAGUGAAAAGUAUCAGUGGAUAUAAUAACGAAUAUCCAGAGAUGCUCGGACUAUUUCUUGCAUACGGACCUAUAUUUCAAAGAGGAAUGCGAAAGGGUCCAAUAAAUUUAGUGGAUAUUUAUGCCUUAAUAUGUGACAUUCUUCAUCUGCCAUGUCUGCGAAAUGAUGGAAAUUCGUCAAACGUUGAGGAUAUUUUAAAUGAAAGCUUUUACCAAAAUAAUAAUGCUGCUGGUCGAUUUAAUCGACUCAAUUUUUUCUGUAAAUACAUUAAUAUAUUUGCAAAUCGAUGUAUUUUCAUAAUUUUUAUUCUUUGUUGCAAAAAUUAUUUUAUAAUAUUUUCCGGCUAUUAG